CCGGGCGCCGCCAUGUGUGCCGCGGAGGUGGACGCUCACGUAGCCCAGAGAUACCUGCUCGAGCGGCGGCUCGGGAAGGGGGCCUACGGCAUUGUGUGGAAGGCAGUGGACCAGAGGACUGGUGAGGUAGUGGCCAUCAAGAAAAUCUUCGAUGCCUUUAGAGAUAAGACAGAUGCCCAGAGAACAUUCCGGGAAAUCAUGCUCCUCCGGGAGUUUGGAGACCACCCCAACAUCAUCCGCCUCCUGGAUGUGAUCCCGGCAGAGAACGACAGGGACAUUUACUUGGUGUUUGAGUUUAUGGACACUGACCUGAAUGCUGUCAUCCGGAAGGGCAGCGUGCUGGAGGACACCCACAAGCGCUUCAUCUUCUACCAGCUCCUUCAGGCCACCAGGUUCCUGCACUCAGGCCACGUCAUCCACCGGGAUCAGAAGCCAUCCAACGUGCUGCUGGAUGCCAACUGCCGGGUGAAGCUCUGCGACUUUGGCCUGGCUCGCUCCUUGAGCAACCUGCCCGAGGGGCCUGAGGGCGGGGCCCUGACCGAGUAUGUGGCCACUCGCUGGUAUCGCGCUCCAGAGGUGCUGCUGUCCUCGCCCUGGUACACCCUUGGGGUGGACAUGUGGAGCCUGGGCUGCGUCCUGGGAGAGAUGCUGAGGGGGCAGCCCCUGUUCCCGGGCACCUCCACUGUGCAUCAGCUGCAGCUGAUCCUGGAGACCGUCCCGCCGCCGACUGAGGAGGACCUCCGGGCUCUCGGCGCAGGCUACAGCUGCACCUUGCUGCACCUCCUGGGAUCCCGGCCACGGCAGUCGCUGGAUGACAUCCUGCCACCAGACACCCCCCGAGACGCCCUGGACCUCCUCAGGAAACUUCUGGUGUUUGCCCCCAGCAAGCGGCUCAGCGCAGCCCAGGCCCUGCAGCACCCCUACGUGCGCAGGUUCCACGGCCCCAGCCGUGAGUGGACACGUGAGACGGAAGUGUGGCUCCCGGUGCUGGAAAGAGACCAGCUCUCUGCCUCCGAGUAUCGCAGCCGCCUCUACCAGAUGAUCCUGGAGAGAAGGGGCCACAGCCGUGGGCCAAGAGAGGGGAUCUUGGGGAGCACGGCCUUGGGGCCAGAGGCCAGGGCCUCCUGGGCUCAGGGACACCUGUUCCAUCACAGAGCCAUCCCCCAGAUCGCGUCCGGGAUGCCUGUGAGGAACCCUGGUUCCAGGCCUCAGAGUAGCCCUGAUGGUGACCCUGAGCAGGAAGCCUCUGGUGCGACCAGGAACAUUCCUAGACCGAGCUCGGCACCCCAGCCCCAACCUCUGCCCCCAGGAAGGUGGGAAAGGUCCCCUAGGACUAAGGCAGAGCCCCCCUGUACACCUCCAGGGAUCAGUAGCUUGAGAGGCAUGGCACCCUCCCUGACCUUGCAGGCCGCAGCCCAGGCCACCAACCAGGCCCUGAUCCGCCGUGACUGGCCCCUGAAUGGUGGGCUGAGGGCAGCUGGUGGGCGACAGGUCUCACCCCGGCCCACCUGGGAGGUUCCGGAACCCCGGCCAGGCCGCAGGAUGUUUGGCACCUCAGCCUGGCAGGGGGCGCAGGGAGCUGCCAGGGCUGCGCUUGGGGGCUACUCCCAGGCUUAUGGGACAGUGUGCCGCUCAGCGCUGGACCGCCUGCCCUUGAUUCCUGGACCUGACGCGUGAGGGGCCCACGUGCCUCGCCGCCCUGCCGCAACACAGCGCUCUUCCUCCUUCCUUUGCUGGGCUGCAUUUGAGUUCUGGGAGCUCCCCUGGGCCUCUCUGGGGGAGCAGACACGGUCUCCCCAAACCUGAU